AUGGAUGAAGUGCAGAAGAACACGUCCAAGCAGAGGAAAUCCUGUACAUCCGAGAUGUCGGACGACUUGGUGAAACAGCUGAGCAGCUAUAAGGCGCAGUUGGCACAAGUAGAGGUUGCGCUGUCCUCCGAUGCAGAUAAUGAAGACCUUCUUAAACUACAGAAAGACUUGCAGGAAGUCAUUGAUUUGACGAAAGACCUCCUGACCUCUCAGACGGCUGAAGGAGCGUCUGCCAGUUCAAACCCUGCUCCUCUCAAACACAAAUGGAAAAUCGGGAACAGAUGCAUGGCUGUGUGGAAUACAGAUGGACAGAUGUACGAGGCCGAGAUUGAAGAGAUAGACCGGGAGAAUGGCACGGCAGCGGUUACCUUCAUCGGUUAUGGAAAUGCUGAAGUGAUCCCUCUGCUGAACCUCAAACCUGCUGAAGAGGGCACUAUUCCAGAAGAUCCCCUGAAGGCCAAGUCAAAGAAAGAGAAGAUCGCAGAAGAACGUGAAUACAAAAAGAAAAAGGCUCAAAAGAAAGUCCAGCGGAUGAAGGAGUUGGAGCAAGAAAGAGAAGAACAGAAGUCAAAGUGGCAAACGUUCAACACCAAGGCGUCGUCUAAAGGAAAGAAAGGACAGGUGAAGAGAAGUAUUUUUGCCUCUCCAGAAAGCGUUAAUGGAAAAGUGGGAGUAGGCACUUGUGGAAUCGCUGACAAACCCAUGACCCAGUAUAACGACACGUCAAAAUACAACGUCAGACAUUUAAUGCCCCAAUGA